GGAAAAAGGCUGGCUGGUCCACGUGCUGUUUACUUCGUAGUCAACUGUUGACGUUCCCAUGUUUCAAUUCAACUGGAAAAAUGAACAUCGACGAUACAUGGUUUAAAUGCGCAAAGGAGUUUCCGUCCUCAAGAACAGUGGAAAAUGAUGUUUCGUUGUUAAGAAAAUUCGACGACUCAGUCGCAAGGCCGGUCAGAGGAAAAAGACAGCUGAAGUUCGACAAUGCGAUGUCCUCUUACAAAGGUGUCGUGGCCAUGGAUGUUGCCUUGGCAAAUAUCGAGCAGAUAGAGAAGACAGAAUUAGUCUCUCAAUGGAUAGCAAGGGGGAACUAUACACCGUCGAUACCAGAGAGUGAUCCUAGCUGUACACCGUCACCUCCUGUAUUAGUCGAUGAAACUCAAUGGAAAAACGACAGUGCAUUGUCAACGCCCAGCGAGCCUCCAGAUCUCGAAAAAUCCCCUGUGUUUAAAUGUCACAAAAAGAUUAUUAGGCAUACCUCGGUAGCCGGUAAUAGAUCCGAAACAGUCAAUGAUGAUUCUAUACCAGAUUUGACAAAGUCUCCAAUUUUUGCUAAGUCCAAGUUUGCCAGAGAUAGCAAAGCUAGCACCAGAUCCGAAACAGUCAAUGAUUCUAGCCCAAAUUUGCUAAAAUCUCCAAUUAUCAGCAAGUCUAAGUAUAGCAGGGCUAGCAGAAGACGCAGAUUUGGUAAACUGAACAAACGGAAGUUCGAUGAAAUCGACUGCUCGUCUCCAAACUCUUCGUUUGCUCCUAAAAAGUCUCCCAUAUUACGAAGAAACUCGUCUUUGAAAAGGAAAAAGCGCCGAGUUAUAUUAGAAACGCUUCAGAAACCAAACGAUAAUUCAUCUAGAAAUUUGUACUUACCUCAGAAAGAAAAAGUCUGUGCAGUUACAACAGAUUUGACACUGGUCUCUACUACUCAAGCGUUAGAAGCGUCUUCCACAACAAAUAGUUUAGAAUUGAGCCAUGACUUCUGCGCUAAGCGGGAUCGAACUAGAAAACAUAUAGAACAUUCAAUUGUAAACCAGGCAAAAGAACAUUUUUUUCCUCCUCGUGUAGACUGCAAUUUAGAAUCAAGACAUGAUAGUAGCAUCGAAGUUAUUUCCCUAUCUCUCACCUCAACAAAACGGAAUGAAAACCUUUUAUCUUUUGUUCCAUCACACCAGAAAGACUUCAAGCAGCAUGAGAGACUAAAAGAGUUAGCUGUUUCUUCUUCUAAAUUAGACAACACAUUAACUAUAGACUACAAUAACAUAUUGAGUCAGGAUAUCUUCAGGGAGGAGAAAAUUGCUGAAACCCCUAUAACUGUCUUUCAGAAAGAACGAAAUCUGCUGUCAACUUCUAACGGCAAGGAUGUGGAAUCGGUACCGCAAGAGGUAGAGUUUAUUUGCUUACCUUCUAUAGACGAAAUGAACAAUGAAGAACUUUCAGCUCCAGCCUUUGCAUCAGCUGUUGAAGGCGCCACAACUCAUCUUGGCAUUGAGAAUCUUUUGAAUUCAAGAGUAGUUCCUAUCUCUGAAGUUAAUCGAGCGCUGAUCAAGUGCGUUAGUGCCAUAUCAAGCCAGGAUCUCUUUGGUGACGAGCUGAGUACGACAAGUCCGAAGCCAAUAUCAACAGUUUCUAUUCAUACCCAACACCGGGGGGUAUCGACAUUUGACGAGGAGAGAAAUUUAUUUUCUUGUCAAAAUGACAACCAAAUUGAUCCACUUAAAAUGCAAUCUAGUGAUGAGGAGGACAUUUUUAGUGAACCAGAAUCAUCUAAUUAUAUCUUACCUUAUCCACUGGAAGGAAAAGAUGAACUUUCCCUAUCUUCAGUUGCUGCACCAGUGAUAAAAAUAGAAGAAGAACAUACUCAAUUGAAUACAGUUAAAGAACAAUUAUCUGGCAGCGUUAUUCAAGAUACAGAGCCAUCCUCUCCACGCCCAAUGUGGGGAAAAAUGAUCAUGCGACAUUCAAACAACGACCAAUCCACACAUGAAAACAAAUUCUUGAUUCUUGAUUCAGAACUCAGUCCAAAGAAGGAAAAGUUUGUCACAGAUACAGAGCGUAUCGACUACGACACCUGUAGUGAGAAUGGUGAAGUCAGUCCUGAUGUUGAACAGGUAAGAAUAGGUUCAGCACAAGAAUCUGAGAGUGACAAAACUGUCAGCGAUAUCAUCGAAGAACCCAUAACUCAGGAUUAUCUACAACAAGCAAAAUGUAGUACCCUGACGGCUGCAUUGUUAAUGAAAACUGUAUCUACAUGUUCGAAAAUUUCUGAAUCAUCAUCACCAAAAGAACGUUCGUCUGUCAUCGAUAUAAGCACUGAGAUUACACCCCCACAAUCUCAAGGGUCUUCUGCCCCAGCUCCAGAGCUACUAGAUUCUGCAAAGAAAAAGAAGUUCCGACCAAAGAAAGGAAGUUUAAGCGCAAGACUGCGGAAGUUAAUUAGUGGGCAAGUGUCCUGCAUUCGGCUAUGGCGACAUCAAAUGUCUCAAGAUUCAACAUUUCAGAAGUCAUCAGCGCCUUGUACAACACUGAAGGUUAUCGAAACGUGGGUGGAGUGCGGGAAAAACUUUUAUAAUAGUACAGUACUUGACGAUUCUUACAAUUUGUUGAAUGGUUGCUUCGACAAACCCAUUGAGAGUGCUGAAAACAAGGACAAUACAACAAGAAAUCUGGUCGUCAUGACAAAUUCAGAUUUUGUGGGAUCAGUUAAACUCCUGCCCGGGUCUGUUUUCAAUGUUCACUUACCCUGGGAAAUUUUUAACCGGAACUCACGGAAAGGGAAUAUAAUAUUACACGCUUUGUAUUUUAGGAUUGUGACUAAUCCUGUUGAAGUCAAGUCUAAACUAGACUCGCAUACAGAGUUAUGCUGCCAUGAACUUACAUGUACUAAAGUAAUUUACGAGUAUGAUUGUUCCUGUUUACAAAGUGGGAAGAUCGAUGAUUCUUGUUUAGUGAAAUUCACGAGUCAGAGAAUAGACGUGAUGGGUGAAAUUUUCAAAGGAUACAUUCAGUCGAUGCAGUACAUAACCAUGUCCGCUGCUCAAGAUCGCCCAGAGCUCUACGAGGAGGUGAAAUUGUACAAAAAUGCUAGGGAGCGCGAAAAGCACGACAAUCAAGCGGAUUUAUUUGCACUGGUGAAUACUCUGCAACAUUUGGAAAAGGCUUAUAUCAGAGACUGCGUUACACCGAAGGAAUACACAGCUGCCUGUAGUAAACUGCUUGUUCAAUAUAGGGCGGCUUUCAAACAGGUACAAAACGAAUUCAAAACCAUUGAUGUGUUUGUAAAAGCUUUUCGCCUCGACUGCCCAGCAGCAUUGGAGAGGAUCAAGGAAGACCGUCCGAUAACGAUAAAGGAUGAUAAAGGCAACACUUCGAAAUGCAUUGCGGAUAUUGUGUCGCUAUUUAUAACCCUAAUGGACAAGCUUCGUCUUGAAAUUAAAGCUAUGGAUGAGUUAACUCCAGACUUGAGGGAUCUCAUGGAUACUAUGAAUAGACUCAGCCUAUUACCGAGUGACUUUGAUGGAAAACAGAAAGUUUCCGGAUGGCUGCAGACUCUGAACAGCAUGUCCGCCUCAGACGAGCUAUCAGAGACCCAAGUUCGACAACUCCUUUUCGAUCUUGAAACGUCAUUCAAUGCGUUUAAUCAGAUACUUCAUAAUUCCUAAUUCAUUGAUUGUGAUUUGGGUUGUGUAAUCAUUCACAGGUUUGUGAAAGCACUUUGCUGUUGUAAAUAAUGUAACAUUAUUUUGUCAAUUUACGUAAUCACUGUAAUUGACAGGUAUAAUAAAUCAAUUAUAUUUGCGCACGCUGUCACAAAAUGUGCAUACAAUUUAUGUUUCUUUGGAUAUCAAAGACUGAGUACAGUUAUGAGGGAUUUGAUCCAAUCACAUAAUAAAAUACAUAUGUUUUUAAUGUUUCAUCGCAGUCACAAUAAUUAUAGACAAAUAUUAGUUGUGAAUUUAGCAAAAUCAUUCAGCGAAUCAAAUUUCAAAUGUGACUGUAGUCUCAGAAUAAAAAAUCUAAUUUUGAUUUUAUGAAACCAAGAUUUGGUUUUAUCCUUCUGAUUUGUGCUUUGCCAACUUCAAUUUCCUUUUGGCAAUAAGUUCUUUUUUAUCGCAUACCGAUUUCACUUAAUAGACACAUAGCAACAUAAUGCUGAAAUGGUUAAGUAUGCAGCAAGAGUAUUUUGUUUGAAAAUCAUAUGCGUUUAGUUCGGUAAUCGAAUUUUUCAGAGCGCACAAUUUUGUUGCAGUCUUUUUAUUGCCCUACAUCUCACUUGUAGUAAAUUCUUUAUAAAGUAAGAUCCUUAUUUUCUACUUAAACUAUUAUUCCACUUGUGACUGGAAUCGUUCCGAAUGUCUCAUCGGUGUCCAAGUCACAAAUAUAGUAUUUCUACAGAGAUUUAUUUUAUUCCCUAUUAUAACGCUAUAAGUAUAGUUAUAACUACUAUUAUCAUGUACAAAAUUACGCAUCGCACUUUAAUUACGUGUAUCUGAAAAAUUGUAAAACGUAUCAUUUAUUUUAAUAAAAAGUAUUAAGUUCAUUUUUAAUACUC